AUGGUAUACAAUUCGUUGACCAAUGUCCCUCGCAACUUCAAGGAGGCCAUUGACUGGUUGGUGGCCGUGAGGGGAGAUGAUGCUAAAAGCAACGUAGCAGCAUUGUGUGCCGCACUCUUCAGUUCCCUGGCAGACAAAACUGUUGACAAGAUGGAGAUGCCGGCCCUCGAAGAAGUUAAGCAUGUUACUAAAACGUUCCUGGAUCAACCGGAGCUUGCGAACCAGUGGUUCGUAGGAGGGCUGGUUAAACGGUACAACGACCUUAUUAAUACAUCACCCGGCGGGUUAGCUAAGUACUUUCGGGUUGUUGACGAAUCCGAUAAGAACGUCGUAAAGGGCAAGGGUAUCACUGCUGGAGCCAUUGUGGAGAACCUUGACAAAGUUGUUCAUGGUACCGAGAUAUUCUUGGAUGAUAUUAAAAGCCCAGGCGAGUACGAGUCUGCUCACAGUCCAGAGGCUGCGUGGAGUAAAUCAUGUACCCAAAAGGCGGAAGAUUCCGCAGCUGUCUUCGUGGGUAUUGCGCCAAUGUUACGGGCAAGCAUGUCAUCUUUGGAGCUGGCUAGUUUUCUUACGAAAUUGAGAUUGCCGCCGUUUAUUACUUAUAAGCGUAUGCAGCAGUUGAUACAAGCCUUGGGUUACGUAAAGCCAGAACGCCGCACUGGCAUGACGGCUUCGUAUGUCGGCCGUGCUUUGGGCGGCUUUAGAUACGAGACAACUAACUUCAUUUUCGACCUCGCUGGCUUCUGGGAGUUGUAG